UCAGUAUCAGAAACAAAAGAUGCUUUGGGAUGAAAGCUGGAUUAUAGAGUUCACCUGUAUCAAACAAGAUCACAAACUCUGGACAGCAACAGGAAGCAUGAUAAGUGCUCUCCCAGCACCGAGUGAAUCCAAUGCCAGUUGUAUCACUGUUCUGAGCUCCUGCACUGCAGCUGCUAAUGCAUCCAAGAAACAGCACUUCACCCAGACUGGGAGAUAUGAUGGUAGAACAGUGGCCAUUAAAAAAAUAAUGAAGAAGGCAUUUACCCUAUCCAAAUCCAUACGUAAGGAAGUAAAGCAAGUAAGGGAACUUGACCAUCCCAAUCUCUGCAAAUUCAUUGGUGGUUGUAUAGAAAUACCAAAUGUUGCCAUAGUGACAGAGUACUGCCCCAAAGGCAGCCUUCAUGAUGUUCUGCUCAAUGAAGAUAUCCCUUUGAACUGGGGAUUCAGGUUUUCUUUUGCUACUGAUAUUGCCCAAGGAAUGGCCUAUCUUCACCACCACAAAAUGUAUCAUGGACGGUUGAAGUCUAAUAAUUGUGUAAUAGAUGACCGAUGGAUUUGUAAAAUUGCAGAUUACGGCCUGCAGUUGUACAGAAAAGAAGAUUCUUCUGAGGGAUACCAGCAGAACUCGAUACAGAUUUACACAGCUCCUGAAAUCCAUUCCCUUUUGGAUUUUGAACCCAAUUCCAUGACAGAUGUAUACAGUUAUGCCAUCAUUUUACUAGAAAUUGCCACAAGAAGUGACCCUAUGCCAACCAGUGUGCCUUCAGCAGAAUGUUCUUGGUGUCUACCUUUAGCAGAAUUAAUUUCAGGAAAGGCAGAGGAUUCCUGCCCAUGUCCCACAGACUACAUAGAGCUAAUCAGAAAGUGCAGAAAAAAUAAUCCAGUCCAGAGGCCUACAUUUGAACAAAUCAAGAAAAUGUUAAACAAGAUGAAUCCUAAUAAAGUUAACCCUGUUGACAUGAUGAUGACUCUGAUGGAGAAAUACAGCAAACACCUGGAGAUACUGGUUUCUGAGAGAACCCAAGACUUAAUGCAUGAAAAACAGAAGACCGAUCGUCUGUUGUACAGUAUGUUGCCAAAGCAAGUAGCGGAUGAUCUCAGGCAAGGAAAACGUGCACAAGCUCAAAGUUACUUAAGUGCCACCAUCUUUUUCAGUGACAUUGUUGGCUUCACUCAGCUAUCCAGCAGCAGCACACCUUACCAAGUGGUAGAUCUCUUGAACAAGCUUUAUACCACUUUCGAUGAAAUCAUAGAUAACUAUGAUGUUUAUAAGGUGGAGACGAUAGGAGAUGCCUAUAUGGUAGUGUCCGGAGUACCCAAAGAGAAUGGGAUCCUUCACGCUGGUGAGAUUGCAAGCAUGGCUUUAGACCUUGUGAAUGUCUGCAAGACUUUUAAGAUCCCACACAAGCCCAACACCCUUCUAAAGAUAAGAGCGGGAAUACAUUCAGGGCCAGUUGUAGCUGGGGUUGUUGGAACCAAGAUGCCACGGUAUUGUUUAUUUGGAGAUACUGUGAACACAGCUUCCAGGAUGGAAUCUACCAGUGAAGCUCUUAAAAUACAGUGCAGUCCAAGUACAUACCAGCUGUUGGAGCAGAUUGGAGACUAUGUGUUAAUAUGUCGUGGGAAUUUACAAGUCAAGGGAAAAGGAGACAUGAUAACAUACUGGCUUGAAGGUAAGAAAGCGUCUGCUACUCACAAGACACACCCUAGCCCAUCUGUGACUCUUCAAGAUCCCAACAGAACUUCAUUUAGUUUGAUACCAGGUGUCCUUCAGAGUGAUGCUGUCUCAAGUCCUGCUUACUAGCCACUCACUGACUCCAAUAUCCAGUCUGCUCUCAGUCUGUUAGUUGACUCUUCUGAUUCAGAAAGUAAAAAAAUAGAAUGUCUUUUGGCCUUGUGGAUGUUUCUGUCACCACUGUUCCAUUAGUGGCAAGAGAGGAACAAAAAAAAUCAAAAACUCAUCUUGGGAAGUGAAGUGGAAUUGCCAGGUCACAGCCUGAACCAGUACACGAGCACCUGUGUGCCCAAAGUGGGAGAACUCUGAUCCACCCUUCCUUUCUCUCCCCCCAUGGUGCUUCUGAGUUCAUCUGCCAAGAACAGGGGAUAUCCAGCUGCCAUUUCAUAGACUAAUAUUCCUAAUGGCCACCAAUCCACUGCCCUGUUGUAAGCCUUGCUGAGAGUUAUUUCAGGUGCCAGGUACUCUGGAGAACCAUAUAAUGUCCAAGUUCUUGCUUUUACUCUCUUUGCAAAGCCAGAGUCCGUGGCCUGGAUAUAUCCUUGAUUAGAUAGCUUUAGAUCUCUGUAGAUGAAAUCUAAUGAGUGGAGGUACUCCAAUAUUAGCACCAUCUGAGCUGCGUGAAACUGUGCAUGUGGUUCACUGAAUCUUCUGAUUCUUCUCAGAUGUGAGAACAUUUCACCACUAGGAACAUACUCCAUUACCAUUGUUGGAAAUAUCCAGAUUAUUUAUCAGGACGGUAUCUCUGAUAAAGCAGAUUUUAUUGCUCCAUUGCAAUUGCAGUGGCGGUAGGAAGCAGGAGUACACAGAAAACAGCGUUAAAUCUUUUAUGCCCUAUUACUUGAUGCUUAUCUCUUCCUCCCCUGGUUCCUCAUUGGCUGAGUACUUCAGGUUCACAAUCUUUCUGACGCUCAAUUAAAUGUAUGGAUACUGGAUAAACAUCAAUUUUUGCUAGCUAAGCAUAUAUUGCUGAUUAGUUAACUUCUCACAUUUGCUCAUUCACCACUUGGACAUUGUUUCUGGACAUCUGCUUAUCCUUGCAUAGAGAUAAACUUGGAGGGAGGGUAGCGGGGAGUAUCUUCAUGCCUGCCUGUUGCAUCCCAACCCACCCACAGAGCAAGGCAUUCCAGCCUUGUAUGGAUUCUCUGAUGUUUAAGUCUGUUUUUCUUUUGCUGAGGAUCUCUUACGCAAACAGAAUAGCCCUACGAUAUGCUUUCUAGUCCAUAAUACUAUACCUAUACCUUUUGGAACAUUUAAAAACUAUUGCAGUUUCGCAAGCAAGAAUUAAUCACAUAAUUCAGCAACUAUACUUCUAAAAUAUGCUACUGACAUAUAUGGUAUGUCUACCUUUUCACAUCAGCUAUUUCUAAGGACAAGUUACAAAAUACAAAUACACUGUGCUCUACUUCUUCAGAUCAAUUCUCCCUUUUCAGUAUCUAAUGCAGAAACAACCUUCUAUUCUACACCAUGUAUAAAUUAGAACCAUCCCCAAAAAGAAUUCUCUGGUUUUACAAGAAAGGGAAAGUUCACUGCCUGUAAUAUUCUUCCAUUCAGUGUGUAUUCUGUCUACUUCAGAUUGACAGCCUUCUGUUUGUCCGGUAUCUUUAUGGCAUAAUAGUUUUGUGCCUUUAUGCUUCACCAUUGUAACUCUCCUGAAUGAUCCCAUUCCAAGAGUUUUUUGUCUCUCAAACUCAUCUAGAGCAGCAGUAUUCUGAGGGGGGCUUUCCCAUUUUCUUAAACAGUUGUUUUCGGCUUUGGCUCUCGAUUUCGUCGCCCUCCUUGGCAGUGCAGUGUGGGACAGGCAGGAUGCCAGGCGGAUGCUGGGCAGGGCUUGCAAAGCGGCGCCUCAGUGUUAGAGCUACCCGGGCCCACACUGGGUCUCUGUGUCUCCCGGCCGCCGCAGAGAAGGCGAGCACUCUGCCCACAUCCCACACCAAAGGCCUGGUGCAUCUCCCCUCUGGGGAGAGGCUGAGAGAGCUGGGUCUGUUCAGUCCUUACACAAGAAGACUCAGAGGGGAUCUCAUUAAUGUUUGUAUGUUUCUUAAAUGUGGGAGUCUAAGAGACGUGGCCAACCUCUUUUCAGCAGUCUAUGGGGACAGGACAAGGGGAAAUUGUCAUAAAGUGGAGCAUAGGAAGUUACCUACCAGUAUGCAAAGUAACUUAUUCACAGUGAGGAUGAGGUAGCACUGGCACAGGCUGCCCAGGGAAGUUGUAGCACUGGCACAGGCUUCUGUUCUUCUGCUUCUUUACCUUCCAUUCUCUUACUGAUCCUGAGUAUUGUUUACAAAAACAUUCAUGUAGAAGGGAUUUUUCUGGUGUAAAUUUAUGUAGCUUAAAUAAGCAGCUGACUAGUUGUCCAUGUUGCCAUGCAGCUAGCAUACUUUUAAUGCUGCAUAUGCGAUCUAUGAUAAUAGUAAGAGAUUGACAUUAGUUCCUUCUUCAGCUUAAAUGGGAAGUAAACGCAGCAAUAACAUUAGAUUUUUCAAAGACACCUACCUAGUAGAAAUAGAAUCCUAAACCCUUCUAAAAUCCACAAAAAAAGUAAAACAUGCUGAGCAAAAUUAUCUCUCAAUAGUCUAUGGAAAUACUGCCGCUUGAAUGGGACCCAAAUUUCAGCGAGCAACACAUGCAGAGCUGCUCUUACCACCAACGUGGAAGCAGUUACAAUUUUUAAAGAUGAAUUUUAAAUUGAUUUCACGUUGUUUGUUUGUUUGUUUGUCUCCAAAACUUAGAGGAUUCCUUUCUCUUCUUUUUGAAUUUUGUGUUAGCACACAAUAAAGUACAAAGUCCAUCUUGCUAGAGAACACAACCCAUUACAGCAAUGGCAGAUAGAUUAUAUAAAUUCUCUUCCUCGAUCUGAGUGGGCUAAAUAUGCCCUAAUCUCUGUUGAUACAACGAGGGGAUUGGUGCAAGCCUAUCCUGUAGCAAAGGCAAACCAAGCCUGUACCAUUAAAGCUCUAACUAGGCUGAUGAUAUCACAGGGGACUCCUGAGGUCAUUGAGAGUGACCAGGGUACACAUUUCAUGGGUGCAACUGUGCAGAAGUGGGCCAAAGACAACAACAUCAAAUGGCAGUUUCACCUGCCCAAUAAUCCAAAAGGAGCAGGCCAAAUAGAAAGAUAUACUGGAAUGCUGAAGGUGCUCUGAAGGCAGAUUCAUGUGUGGACCAAGAGGCUUUAUGAAAUUCUGCGGGACUUGAAUGAGAAAGCAAGGGAUGGCAGAUCCAGUGCUUUAAGAAUGUUGCAGACAACUCAGGCCUCCCCGCUUAGGAUACAAAUCACAUGAAAGGACAGCUUGCUCAAGCCACAAAUUGGCACCAUGAAUAAUCUUCUGCUCUCUGCCCCUGAGGACCUAGAGCCCAGGAAACACAAGGUAAAAUGGCCUUGGAAGGUGCAAAUAGGACCAAAAAUGGCAUAGUCUCCUUGUACGUUGGGGAGAUUGUUAGAGGUUGGGGGAUCAGUAAAUCCUCCAGUGGUUGAUACACGGCUAGCAGAAGUAGUAGUUGACACCCCGAUUUUCAUUGAGAGCGGACAUUAAUCACGUCCAUGGGCAAAUUAGAACUGCCCCCCUCCUUUUGUACCUGAUAAAGUGAUCCAGCCACAGAUAUCAAGUCAAAGUAUGUGGUAUGGAAGGCCAGGACAUGCCCUGAUACAGGUGGAGGUGUUGACUCAAGAUUGAAAUAUGGCCUGUGUCCUACUGUGGAGUGCAGACCUACCCCUCCUUGUACCUCUUGAACAUCUGUAUUACUCUUCUUGAGGUUAUAAAUUCACAGCACAGCCAGCAGCAACAACUUCACUCCAGCAUGCUCUAGUGUCCAUGAAGAAACAUCGUGACAUCACCAUCGUGGUGGACUGCUGAGCUUCUGGGAGCUGGCAAGUGGGAACCGGGACUGGUCCCUGAAGAAGAUAUGCCUCAGAAGGAACAUCAAGUACUGGCCCAACAGAACCACAAAAAAGACUGCCAAUAAUUGCUUUCAGUGCCUUAACAUUCUGCACUGUGGCAGGUAUUGUAGGUAUGCUGCGAUGUGCAUUGUAUUUUGAACCACUACAACUGCAGGAGCUCAUCCCCUACCUGCUCAAUCAUUGGUUCGUGCUGUGAAGGGGUGGAGUGUAGUGGAAUUGCCAGGUCACAGCCUAAACCAGUAAGUGAGCACCUGAGCGUGAGCAGGCGAGGCCUGAUCCAUCCUUCCUCUCUCUCUCUUCUCGGUGGUGCUUCGGGCAGUGCUUCCGGAAGCAGGUAUACACUCAGAGCCUGUACAGUUGGCCACCACUCCUUUUCUGGCACUCCAGAGUUUAAACCAGAAAAGGCUGCAUUCUUCAGCUCACCCUUUUUUCCAAACUGUUGCUGGGAGGGUUAAUUCCUCCUUGUUUGAUAUCUUGUUUUAUGGCACCUGUAUCUCAAAGUCUCUGUCGUUGCCUUUGCUUUACAGGAGUUGAUACUUAAUACUGGCAGUGUCACUAGCUUUGAGGGCAGAAGCUAGCUUUCAAUGUUAACUGCUGAUUAGGUUUUGCAAACAGCCUCCAUCCCUUCACAACCAGGUGGCUGGACAGUCCAAUCUGUAGCUGCCCCCACAGGAAAGAAAAAGACACUGUAGUGUUGCUACUGAAUAGUAUGAUAAACUUUGUGGAAGUCAUUGGUCUUGCGGUAUAAAAGGAGAAAAGAAACACGGAUUGUGUCAGAAAACAGGGCCCAAUGAAAGAAGGAAUGAAGCCAUACAAGCAUAGUGGGUACAAGUCCAAAUGGGAAUCUGAAUUCUUGCUUCAGUCUCUAAUUGCCUGGAGCAUAGAAAGAAGAGUAAGUAGAAACUUGGGCGAGUUGCACAGACUCAACACUCAGUGAUACCUUCCAUUUUACUACAGAGAUCUGAAAUCUUAGGAGAGAAAACAUUGCAAGCUCUUAAACAGAAGAGAGUCCGAUAAAACUCUCUUGUUUUUGGCUGCUCUGAGUUCUCUCAGAAAACCUGCAAUUAACAUUAGCUUGCAACUAACAUGAACUUGCUAGUUAACUAAUGCUAACUAUGUUAACAAAACAGUUUAUGGAAUUGCUUUGAUUAAAACAGCUGUGAACCUCCUGCUACUGGCUGGAUGUCUGACAGUGAAAUCAGAAAGGUUUCUGAGUCACUGUGUAGUUUAGAAAAGGUUGUUCCUGAACAAGCAUUUCCUGUAAAGUGAGAUGCAUCACUAUAAGUGGAGUAGUCUGUUGAUGAACACGUUUCUGUAAGCAGUGCUGGUGUUGACUUUCUUUAAAGACAAAGCAUACGUAUGGUGAACCAUGCUUGUACUUUAUUGAGUUCUAUUUAGUACCCUCCAGAACUAAUUUAUUUUUGAAGAGUUUAGUCAGUCUAGCUAAGCUGGUCAACAGUCCAACAAAAUUAGAUAUGUGAUACAGGGAAGAAAGCAUAAGGAGUCACAGCAGUUUCGCCAUAAUGUGACCUGGACUGCCCAAAACUAACUGGGAGGAGGUGAGAAAGAAGCAUUGCAAAUGAUGUUAGCAGCAUUUACUCCUCCUUCUUCUAAGUUAAUUUAGCAGACAUUUAUAUGGCAAUAAAUAUUAACUUCAAAAACCCUAUAAAUACUGGCUAGGUUAAGUCUGAGCUACUAAGAAAUUAUUAUUAUAAAUUGUAGCAUCAGACAUGAGGCAGACAAGAAUUAUUGGCUGGCAGAGUCUAGAAGCAACAUUUACAUUUCACUUCAGUCUAAAUCACACUACAAGCAACACCUUCCAUUUCACUCACACAAAUAAUACCUCAUUCAAAAUAAAAUGGAACAUUCUUAGGUGAAAAAACUACUUCAUUUUAAAGGGGAAAAAUGAACAAUACACAGAAAUAAAGAACAACAGAAACCAAAGUUCAGUAGAAAAGCAAUCUGUUAUUCUGUAUUACUGCACAAAAAGUGCUUGCUUAAUUGUGCCUAGUUGGAAGGGUUGGUGCAUACUGCACACAUGAAGGAUGGCAAUAAAGAACUCAGUCAGCUCUGCGGAAUGAAGUAACUAGGUAAUUGUUUUGACAUACGAUGGUCUCAGCUCCACCUCAUGUGUUAACAGUGCAAAGAGCCCAACAUGAGCUCUGGUGUCAUCUUGCCCUCUUACUCCUACUAAAAAUCACUAAAUUCUUUUGCACAUUUUUUCUGCUAGAGAUACACAAAUUUCUACUUCUUCGUAGUCAUCAAAGUUGCUGGUACCUCCGGGGCCUCUGCACUUUGGUGUGAAUAGAGCUUCUACCUUUCUCUGAUAAAUGGCAAUCCAAUCUUUAGCUGCAAACCACUUGUGGUUCGUUAUGUCACUUAAACCAUUCUUGAGAUUUCCAUAUAAUCUCGCAAAAAUCUCCCUGAAGUAAAUUCAUUGGAAGAUCCUAUAGGUCUGAAAUGAAGUGUGAUGGGAACCUUACCUUGCCAGACACAAUUUGUCAUAAAUUUGAAUGGGUUGAUCUGC